AUGGGCGGCUCCCACAGCCGCGAGGACAUCGACCUCACCUCCUCUGACGAGGAGGAGGAGUACGAGGACGACUACGACGCCCGAUCACCCAUCGCGGAGGCCGCUGCGAGCGCGGGGCAGCGCGACGACGACCUCCUCCGCACCGCCACCCCUUCGUCGCUUGAGGCCAUCGACGCCAAGCUCAGGUCGCUGGAUCUCAAGUACCAGCGUCCGACCUCCGCCAAGCUCUACCUCCACAUCGGCGGAGCCUCGCCCUCCGCGCACUGGGUGCCCGCCGAGCGCCGCGCGACCUACGCCUUCGUCGACAAGUCGAGCGACGACGACUCUUCCACCAGGUGGUUCCUGGAGGUCGGGCCGGGGCCGCGGGUCUCCGCGCCCGUGGACUCGGCGCUCCAGCUGAAGACGAUCCCCGCGCAGCGCCGGGCGGACUUCGCCGCGAGCGGCUCCGUAUGGGCUCUGCGACUGCCCACCGAUGCCGAAUUCCGCCGGUUCAGGGUGGACUACGAGCGCUGCCUCUUUGAGAACACGUACGGGGUCGAGGCCACGGACGAGGGGCGAAAGGAGGUGUUCGGCGCCGACUUCGCCGCGUGGGCGCGGCCCGCCGAGGCCGACGACGCUGUUUGGGCCGACGCGGAGGAAAGCCUCACCCCUCCCGCUGCAGCACCAGCGAAGGACCUGCUUGAGGAGUUCGAGGAGGAGGCCGGCGACGGCGACAGCAUCCAGAGCCUCGCGCUUGGGGCGCUUGACAACAGCUUCUUGGUCGGUGGCGCCGGGAUACAGGUGGUCAAGAACUUCCGCCAUGGCUUGCAUGGGAAGGGCGCGUCGGUGAGGAUCUCGGGAGGCCGUGGCGGCAGUGGGAGCGCCUAUUCGACACCGAAGAAGGCACUGCUGAUGCGCGGCGAGACUAACAUGCUGCUGAUGAGCCCAGGAGAGGCUCUGCAUUCCAGUGGUGUCCACCAUCUCGAUAUUGAGACUGGGAAGGUUGUCGCCGAAUGGCGGUUUGAGAAGGAUGGAGUUGAUAUCACAAUGCGAGACAUUGCCAAUGACAGUAAGGGGGCGCAGUUGGAACCCUCCGGGUCGACAUUCUUAGGCCUGGAUGACAACAGGUUGUGUAGAUGGGAUAUGCGCGAUGCCAGAGGCAGGGUGCAGACAAUCGGUAGCUCAUCAGAGUCACCAGUGCUGAACUGGUCACAGGGUCAUCAGUUCUCGCGGGGCACCAACUUCAAUUGCUUUGCAAGUACUGGGGAUGGUUCAAUUGUUGUUGGUUCUGUGGAUGGGAAGAUUAGACUCUAUUCUAAGAGCUCGAUGCGUAUGGCGAAAACAGCAUUCCCAGGGCUUGGGUCUCCAAUUACACAUGUGGAUGUUACUUAUGAUGGGAAAUGGAUUUUGGGAACAACUGACACAUACUUGAUCUUGAUAUGCACCAUCUUCAAGGACAAAGAUGGAAAAGAAAAGACUGGGUUUAGUGGCCGUAUGGGAAAUAGGAUUGCUGCACCAAGGCUGCUGAAGCUCACUCCACUUGAUUCAAUUUUAGCAGGGACUCGCAACAAAUUCCAUGGUGGGCAAUUCUCAUGGGUAACAGAGAACGGGAAGCAGGAAAAGCACCUUGUUGCUACAGUGGGCAAAUUCAGUGUCAUUUGGAAUUUCCAGCGAGUCAAGGACAGCAACCAUGAGUGCUACCGUGAUCAGCAGGGCCUCAAGAGCUGCUACUGCUACAAAGUUGUCCUCAAGGAUGAAUCGAUUGUCGACAGCCGCUUCAUGCACGAGAAGUUUGCAAGCAGUGACUCUCCAGAAGCACCGCUUGUUGUUGCUACACCAAUGAAAGUCAGCUCCUUCAGUAUAGCAAAUCGACGCUGA